AUGUCCGAGGACUGGAGCUCCGUCACCAAGAUUGGCAGCAAGGUGCGCGGCCCUGGCGCUUCGGAGCGCGAGACCGUCGUCCGAGGCAAGGCUGCCUUGAAUGCUGCCCAGCGAAGCGGUGGCAUCAUCGGCACCGAGAAGAAGUACUCGUCGGCCAACGCGGCUGGCAGUUCCACCGAGGGUCAGCGCAUGACAAAGGUCGACCGAUCCGACGACAUCAUCAAGCCCAACACGGUCGGCAAGGCCGUCGGCGACGCCAUCUCGUCGGCGCGGCAGAAGAUGGAGCCCAAGAUGACCCAGAAGGAUCUCGCCACGCGGUGCAACACGACGCAGUCCAUCGUCGCCGACUUUGAGCGGGGCUCUGCCCCCCCCGACCAAAAGGUGCUGAGCGCCAUGGAGCGCGUGCUCAAAGUCAAGCUGCGAGGCAGCGACAUUGGCGCCCCCAAGUUCCCGGGCAAAAAGUGA